GGAGCGCGGAGGGAUCCGGGAGAGUGGUGAGUUGGUUUAUGAGGCGCUGCCGGCAGGCGCGCUGUGCCCAGUCUGAGGAGAGCUGCCGAACGGUUAAGGUAGCAGGAGCGGAGGAGACGACUGACAGCGCGCCACUCCCGCCUACCGCGCUUAGCGAGGCUGCCUUCGUCUUCAGCGUUAGCUGCUGCCAAGCCCGGGCCAAGCCACUAUGGUUAGCAAACGGACGAGCGGGGAGAGGCGGUUUGCGUUUUAACUCGGAUGGGCGGUUGGGCCGCGCGCAAUCGGCGCCUUUUUAACCUGAGGCUGCUGUGAGGUGGGGGGGGGGAGAGGACAUCCGCCUCUCGGGGGGCUGUGGGGAGGCGCGGGGGGAGGUGGUUCGUUUCCGCCCCCUCCGCUUGUGUGUAUCUCAACGUUCCUCGGCUGGAUUCAAAAUUCAAACCACCGGCGACAGUUGUUUUCGGCGCCAUGCUGCUUUCCUCUCCCUCGCGUUUUGGACGAGAGAGAUAUACGCAUAUGCACAACCUACAUAGUCGGCGCCAGUUUUCUGCCUAGUCGAGGGAUUUUUGUUUAGAAGGCAGGCGCAGGCGGCAGUUGGCUGCAGGGGCGCGCGUUUAUGUGGGGCGGGGUGGGUGCAACAGCGUCGUUAUAGCAACCGAGAUGUCACCGCCGCCCCUUCCUUGGCAGCCCUCGGCUUGGGGGUGGGGAGGCAGCUGCUGGAAUCCAGAACCGCGAUCGCUGAUAUCUCUCUCCCCCACUACCUAAAAAAAAAUUAAGGCUUGAAGGCGUAUUUGGGGAGAAAUUCGGUGCAUGCGGAACGCCGUGUUGUCGGGGAGGGGGCGGCUGCGAGAGGGAGAAGUUGCGGGGUGAUGCAUUGCAAGAUCGCACCUGGAGGCAUGGGGGAUGCAGAGGGUAUCCAAAACGGCUGCGCCAGGUCGCCGGCUUUGUUCGUCCUCAAGGGUAAGGGGGGAAAGGGAGAGCUGUAAGAGCAGAUCGACCUUCGCAUGAGAAAAUGCAAUCUGCAAAAGCCCAGAGGCUUGGAGUUUUGUGAUGUUUGUGCAAGGAGCGGGGCGGGGAGGGUAGAAUGAGGCAGACGGUGCCUGGGCUCCCCCACCCCUGUGCUGUUAGCUAAAGAGUGCGGUCCCGGUAACCCCUGAGAUAAUAUAAACCGUUCGCUGUUCUUGUGUAUCCUUUUAAAAAGUAAAGGUUUUUUUUCUGUUGAUGGCUACUGUCGAGCUGUCACGUUAUUAAGUAAAACUUGGCAGGGUUAUACCGAGUUGUCAUGCACUGGAAUAAAGGCACUUAUUUGGAAGGAGACUUGAGGCAAUCAAUCUGAGGGUCUGCUUGAACUGUCCAGCAGCAUAAUGCAGAGGCUGUUGCUGCAGUUUUCCCUCUAGGCGUAAACCCUUGUGAAGAGAGAGCAGCUUCCUUGUCUAAUGGCAACUGUGACUCCCGCUGGGAGCGCAGCAAGGAUAUGUAAAAGGAAAAAAUCUUUCCAUGCUAAUUUUGCAGUAAGAUCUUAGUCAUUAGAAAGCUGGGCAUGAUUUGAUACUCCUAGUCUUUUGCAAAGCAAGGGUGUGCUGUGUGAAGGAGAUGGCUGCAGACCUCUGGCUUGACAGUCAUGGUUUUUUCACUUCCUAUUGAAGGAAUUGCUUAGAUGAGCUCAGUUAAGACCUUUUCACUCAAGUGAAGUUGAAUGAUUUGUUUUGACACUAAGGCUGUAUGCAGAUGUAUUCAUCAAGGGAAACUAGCUUUUCAGUGGCCAUAAAAGUAGAGGUUCAUAUACCAAGGGAUAAUUUUAGAUAUUCAAAGCUAUCAAGAUUCCAGUUAGUGCUGGUAUUCUGGGAACCUCAUCUACAAGAUGAGCAUAAUAUAUGAAAGUUGUUUUCUGUUACCCUGUGAGAGACUUAAUAUUGACCAUCUUCUAAAUACUUUUCCAUUCCUUAAAUAUAUUGGGUGCUGUGUCUCACAAACAUAGUGACCUACCUGAGAGAAAUUGUGCUUGCUUUAGAUUUGGAGAGUAGAUGUAAACCAUUUUGUAAGCGUUCUGCAACAUGUUUAAUUUGGGUAUGUCAGCCUCAGCAGCUGUCUCUUAAGCAGCCAACCCUGGACUAUUAUGAAGCUGUGCCUGGAAUAUGAAUAUACUGAAGGCUGGAAAAAUCCAAGAUGCCAGAUCACAAACACUCCAAAAAAAUUAAAAUGUUGACACCUAGGAAUAUAAACUUACCAUUGGCUGGCCGCUUGAGAACCAGAUACUGGCCUAGAUGGAACACUGGCCUAAUUCCACAGACCUUUUGCAUUCUUUAAAGGCUUCUGUUUUGAGGCAUUGGAAAUGUUUUAGUUCCUACCUAUGAUACCUUGUUUUCCCAGGUACUGUUUGUUUCUCAAGCAAUGUAUUGUGAGUAAAUGGUCAAACUAGAGUAAAAAAUUAAUGGAGAAAAUGAAACACUUUGAGGAUCUUAUCCAAAACUCAGGCUUUCUUCCUGGCGUCCUCCUUUUUGGAGCUCCUAUUGCAUAUAUCUGUUGAUAGCCAUGCUGUUAGUAUAGGUGUUGGGUUCAAAGCCUCCCAACAAUAGAGCCCCUUCUCUAUUGACAAAUAUUUUCUUCCACAGUAUUCCAACCUGGAACCCCCUUCACAUAAGGAUUACUGGUCACUAUUUCACCCUCUGUCCUCAAUGGAGUUUGCCUUAAAGCAUUUCCCCCCCAUCUACACAGAAAUAGCCCUUGGUUCCUUUUUUCAAAGCUUGUCUGUAGCCUGUUGCUCAUGACCUUCUACACUUUAAAAGUCUUUUGUUUUUUGGGGUGAAAUUAGGGAUGUCAUGGAGAGAGAUGGGUUUCACCAGGAGAGCUAGAAGCUAUCAUUAUUUAUUAAAUUUGUAUACUGCCCUUCAUCAGUAGAACAAAACAAUCCCUCUCCCACGAACACAUUUAAAAGGGUAUAGGAUGUUAGUCAGUCAAAAGCCUGGUUGAAGAGGAACAUUUGUACCAGGUGCCUAAAAGUAUAUAAUGAAAGGCUUCCCUGCAGAGAGAAUCCCACAUACAGAGUCACUGCAGAAAAGGCCCAUUCUUGUGUUGCCACCCUCCUAACCUCUCAUUGAGGAGGCACAGGAAGAAGGGCCUCAGGAUGGUUCCAGGGUCUGUGUAGAUUCCAUUGCAGCUGAGCCUGCACUGAAGCUCAUUAGUAUAUGUUUCCUUGCAGCAUAAGUUAAGAUGCUUGUAGAUGUGAAUGGCAGGUAGUAGCGGCACCUCAAAAUUCCAUUCAUGCUAUGUUUAGGUCAGAUUGUUGUUUCUCUUGAUAGAGCUACUACAGAAUAUUAUAACUGGUAAUUUUUAAUGAAAGUACAUGGUCAGUUCAGUGUAUUAGUAGUACUCUUCUGUGGUGAUGACCUCUUGGAUGUGGGCCCCUCAUUAAUCCUAGCUUGCAUAAAGGGAUCCACUUUCAUCUUGCAUAGGCCUACCUCAUAUUUGAACUUGCUCACUUUACCUUGGCACGAUAGAGGAGUGCUAGUUUACACCAGCACAUCAUGAUACCUUCCAUUAGUUUCUCUGUCGUAAUCUGAAUUUCUCACACAACUUCCCCAUAAUACCAUGCUUUUCAGUCUUGGAUUACUUCAUCUUGUAAGAAAUGUUUCCUCUUUCUUUGCCACAAGUAUAUACCUAGACUCUGACCAGAUGUUUGGAAGUAUUCUAUAAAUGCAACACAUAUGAGCUAUGUGUGCAAUUGGCAUGCACUCUUUCCAGGAAAUAUAUGAAUUGCAAAACUAGAAAUUUCACCUCAAAGUCAGUUUAUACCGGUUCUUCCUCCCACUCCAGUAAUUUAAAUCAAUCCACCUUGCUUCAUGGAGCAGGUCUAGCUCUGAAACAGGUGAACAGGGUCCUUGAUCAUAUGCAGAAUGUACAGCUUGUACCAGUGACUCACUGCAGUCUAUUCAACUUACUGAAGCAAAUCUUCUUGCCAUACAAAGUUGCCAUACACUUCAAAUGUUGCACAAUGCAGCUCUUUGGCAAAUAAGGGAUAUAGUAUAUGACUGAAAUACCUCUCGUCCUGCAAGCCCUGCUCAUGUAAGAUUGUGGGUAAGGAUGAAAUACCUGAUCCACCUCUCUCCACCCCACCUGACAUACAUUUAUUCAGAAAUACACUUGAUUCCUGUGAACCAGAUGAACACACUCCAUUUGUAAUCAAGAUCCAAUAAGUGAGUUAACAAAUCAAUUUGAGGGUGGGGAAAAUAGCCAAAACAGGAGCUUGCCUUUGAUUCUGGGCUACUCAGUCUUGCUGUUUUCACUGUCUCAGUGAAUCAGUUUCCUGAGGGGAAGUGAGCAGCAAGUUCACAAGACUCCUGCUAAAUGUUUUUUUUAGCCAUAGUAUUAAUGUUAACCAAGAGUGGUGCUUUUUGCAGGCUUCACUUCAUGCAUAGCUACCCCAGCAUCCUCUACUUCCAUUCAGCAAGUUUAGCUAUAUGUGUAUGGCCAUUUAGACAGUAUAUAAAAAUAGAUGGUGUUAUGCUCAAACUCAUAAAGUAGAAGUGACGGGUGUGAAGCAAACUGAGAAAGCCCUUUCUGUGUAUAUUUCUUUUGCCUCUUCCACCACACACACUCUUACCUAACUUGAAGCCACAGGGAGAGUUAGGAUCUUGGUUUAUAAAACUAAAGACUAUGUUGAAAUACCGUAAAUUUCGCUCCAUAACACGCAGUUUUUUCCUCCUAGAAAGUAAGGGGAAAUGUCUGUGCGUGUUAUGGAGCGAAUGCCUACAGAUGGCGGGGGAAUCUGCUGCAGUCGUGAGCAGUCCGUGGCUCGCUUUGAAACAGCAAAGCGGGUGUAAGCGGCUCCUGUCAGCUAGCGGAGCCGGGGAGGAGGGAGAGAAGCAGAGCGGGAGUUGGCUGCUUUAAAACAACCCCUGCUCUCUGUCCCUGCCUGCAGUUUUUUGCUGUCCGAUUUUGGAUUAGCCACUGUAGGGGCUGUGUGUGUGUGUGCUUGAGCUAUCGUUCUCCUCCUCCUGCUUCCCCUUCACUCUCCCAGCACCCCUGCGACUUUAGAAUUGACACUGUGUGUCUGUGUGAGGGCUCCUUCUCCUUCUCUUGCUUCCCGUUCACUCUCCCUGCGCCCUGCGACUUUAGAAUUGACACUGUGUGUGUGUGUGAGGGAUCGUUCUCCUUCUCUUGCUUCCCGUUCACUCCCCCAGCGCCCCUGCGACUUUAGGGCCAGUUCUCUCUCUCUCUCUCUCUCUCUCUCUCUCUCUCUCUCUCUGUGUGUGUUUUGACCUCACUGCGCUUGUUGGGGGAGAGUGUUGGUCGCAAUUUUUCUUGAUUUGUCUCAGAGUGGUUACUAUCAUGGUUUCCUUGCCAGGGAGGAGGGAGAGAAGCAGAGCCUGCUUGUUUUAAAGGAGCAAAGCCGGAGAGGAGCCUCUCCUGCAUUAUUAGCAGCAUCCUUCUCCACACCCCCCACGCGUGCUCCUUGUCCCUUGAGUGCUUUUCCUUCCCUCCCCACUUAAAACGUGGUUACAAAGCAUGGAUCCUCAGGAUUUUUGCACUGGGUCACCCCAAAUUCACCAUCAGAUCACAUAGCAUGUCCAUGGCUACAGCCUGCACCAAAAAACACACGCACCCACUGUUUCAUGGGGCCGCAAUGGCGCAAAAACGUGGUUACAAAGCAUGGAUCCACAUGGAUCCUCAGGAUUUUUGCAUUGGGCUACCCCAAACUCACCGUCAGAUCACAUGUCUGUGGCCACAGCAUGAACCACAAAAAUCAUACAUCCACUGUUUCGUUUAGAAUAUUUUUUUCUUGUUUUCCUCCUCUAAAAACUACGUCCAUAUUAUGGUCAGGUUCAUGUUAUAGAGCGAAAAAUACGGUACAUACUGAGGUGCACCUUAGAUCUGGUAUCUUCAAAUGGAAUGCAGUCCACUACAGGGUUAUGAAGUGCAGGCCUGUGUAGCUUGUGAUUUGAAAGCCAUCUAGAAGAAAGCUUACCAGCAACAUAGAAUGAUGCACCAAGGCUUCAAAUAUAUUUGUGCCAGAACAAUUAAGUCCCAUCCUUCAGUAUCUUGUCACCUUUCUCUUUAGUAACUAAGCUGUAGGAAGCUUGAGUAUGGGGAAGGCAGUUCAUGUCAUUCCACUUUGGUUCAUAUGUAUGUACAAGGAACUCCCUAUUUGCACGGUGGUUGCGUCCUAGGUAUUUGCAUGUGUCAGCGGAGCACGCAUCUCCCUACCCUUUUUCAAGUUGAAAAUGACCUAUGUGUCCGUCAAUUAAACAUGCACAAAAUGGUCACUGCCUGUAAUUGGAAAUUUAUUGUAUAUCUAGUUGGAGAUUGGGAGGCUUGCAACUUAACCUGAAAAUAAUUGAAUCUGGGACUAUAAAAGUGAAGAUUACUUGAAAAUGUGACAGAUUUGAACAUUAAUUUCUGUUGUAUUGAGAGAACAGUUCAGGUGGCCUGCUGGUGAAGGAGGUUGCUACUGCUCGGCUUAAUAUGGUCAGUUAAAAUUGGUUGAAUGGUUCUGCGGUAGAUUGGACUAUGGUUCUGUGGCAGACUGGGCUAAAAAUUAGUGUUCUGGACCUUUGGGUUUCCAGGUGCUACAUUGGGCUACCAUCAUUCCUAAUAUUGGCUAAACUGACUGGGGAUAAUGAGGGUUGUAAUCCAACACCAUUUGGUGACCCGAGAUUGAAGGGCACUGUGCUACAUGAUGCAAACUGAAAUGCUUUCAUAUUAUGACUAAUCUGAUGUAAUACAACUUGGCUUCAGGUGGGGGAUUUAAAAUAAGACAAUAUAACCAACCUCUCAUUUUGGUUCCAAUAAAGAGGUUAUAGAUAGUUUUUUCCAAGGGAGGUGUGGCAUUGGUAACCUCUCCUAAAUUUUGGGAUCCUUUGGAAAAUAAGUAAUGAAAUCAUACUUUUGAAAACGUUAGCUUUAUUUUAUUGAUUUCAAGAUUCUUACAUUUCAUUGUAUGAUACUAUUAAUAAGUAAUAUUAAUAUUAUUGGGUGAAUAUGCUACUUAACACUUUAUAUUUGCAUGCAGUUUUCACUAGGCUUUUUUAAAAUUGAAGACUGAUUUGUACGUAUAGGGGUUUUUGUAUUGUGGAGAAUAGCCUUGUCAUCUUACAUAAUAUAAAUUAAUGCUAUAUUUAAAAUCUGAAAUACAAUUGUAAGAUACUGCUGAGUGCAACUUGAGAUUUUUUGGUGUUUAUGAAACUUAUGAAUGCUAAGAGACUUAGUAGAAUUUAAAACAUUUUUCAUAUAUCUGUUUCUUGGAAGAAUUACAGUUCACUUUUGACAACAACAAACAUUUCUCAUUUAUAGUAACUUUCCAUGAUGCACAUCUAAGAUGUGUUUUUUCUGUAAAACCAUUAUUACUCUUAAUGUUGAAAAUUAAGUUUGCAUUGAGGAAAAUCUAUAUUUGCACCUGAAAGAAGCAGGAUGUGGUUAAGAUGUUUAAAAUCCUGCUCGCAUUUUGCUGUGGUUUCUGUGAACAUAUUGGACUUGAACCACAUGGGAACUUUUGAUGCAACCUGUAACAUACAAGUAUAGCUCGGUUUAUGCUGCAGGAAGCCCCAUUGGGGUUCUUGACAUAACAUUACUUUUCCCCAAGAAGUGUAUAUUUUAAAGCAUGAUACCUAUUGUGCAUUAUUCCCUACAAUAAGUGUUGCACAACCAGUUUGCUUCCCAGUCCAAAGAACAUAAAUUCCCAUUCAGUUUAAAUUUGGUCAACAGGAUUGCAAGUUAAGGUGAGGCUCUCCAUAGAAAUUGGCAUAUGUGCCCUACUCAAAGUCAUGAGCUUGCUCAAGCUGAAUAUAUGGCAGGUUCUUCGUAAUAGCUGAAAGGAUUAUUCUAUGCCUCAGAUGAAUAUUGUUCCAGAGCUUCAGGGCAAUUGAAAACUGCUCUUAGUGCCAGGGAACACAUAGUACUGUUGAUGUACAGUCUCUAUAGUGUUAUGACAAGUAAUUGGCUAAGCCUCUAGUUCCAGUCAUAUCAAAUGAAUCCUUGAUGCACAAUUUAGUUUAAAUAGUUUUCUGGUUAAGUGACAUGUCAUCACAUUUGUGAAAUUUACUGGGUACAAUAUUGGAUAUCAAUCUUUAGUUCUCCAUUGUUACAAUUCACUUUGAUCAUGCCCAACACAAAGCCGCUUCAGCACUGUGCUGUCUGUUUGUUUUGCAUUAUUUAAUUUGAGGUAGAAUAUCGCUUGAGCAAACUGCCAUCUGGCUUAGUUUCUCUGCUGCACCCAAGCAGUUGGCUGCUACGUAAGGGCAAGGGAUGAGAGCUCAACCUGUCCCAGCUGUCAGCCAGAAAAUCAUCUGAUGCAGAUAACUCCUCUUCCCUUCAUUAAAACUGCAGCUGUAUGAGAAGGGCAUGCAGGACCACCCCCACCCCCAUCAGUUUGCAGCGGACCAAGGGCUACUGGGAUAUUAGACCCAUUCUUUAUUGAAAGGCAGUGCCCAGAUUGAACCCAAGUAGACUUAAUGUCCAUUCAGAAUUUUUUUCUGAUUCUGGCAUUCCCAAAAUGAUUCCUUGCCAAGCUUUAUGUGGAAAUAGCGGUGUUUUUAGGAACAGGCAAAUCUGUAAGUAGGAUGUCAAUUUUCAAGGUACUAAUUUAAUUUCCCUUUAUCUUUAUAGGCUGAUCAACUGACAGAAGAGCAGAUUGCAGGUGAGAUUCUAAAUAUACAGUACUUGUGAUCAUGGUGAUAUAAAACUUGCGUAGUUUUCAGUUGAUGCGCAACUUUGUAGUUAUAAGUAGCUGUGAUGCUAUAAGUAGUAUUGUAGAACUAAUAAUUAGAAGAUAAACAUUUCUUGUGUCACACAGCCUUAUUUUUAUCAGUACCCCUAAUUUUAUCAUAUAACUAAGAACUAACUACACAUGACUUCCUGACAUUCAUAACUCAUAAGAUAGAACUGUUGCAUUGCCUAUAAUACUUGCUUUUCUUGCUGUAACAAAUUGGCAUGUGUGCAUUUCUGUACUACAAGUAGCGUACACAUUUACAAGCUUGUGCAGCAAGUUACACAAUCUGGAUUCAUACUGACUCCUCCCUCCUUUGUUGCUAUUAACCAAAUAAGAUAAAAAAUUAAGAUACUAGUAUUUUCGGUUUGGGGGAUUGAUUCUGUGUAUGUGAUUAUUUAGAUUUUUGUACCUCAGAUCAUUAAUAUUGAGUGGUAAAACUUUGCUUAAUUCAAGCCCAAGUUUAAUGAUCAAUUUCACUUUUAAAUUUUUUAAAGAUGUUGCCACAACCCAGUAAGUUGAAUAAUGUAGUUAUUCACGUGUAUCCAGUGCAGUUAGGUUUAAUAGUCUCUUAACAUGUAUGAUGCCAGUUGUGACCACACCAAACUGUGGAAGUCAGCAAACAGUUGCAUGGUAGCAUCAAGAGAAAUUGCGUGCACGUGUAGAAAAAACACUUCUUUGUAGCUGGUCAAAAUAAACAUUGAUUUUUACAGUUUCCGUUGAACACAAGCACUUAAAUAAUAUUGGUGUAGCUAACAUCUGGUUAGUGAAUCAAAUCAACUGCUACACCAUUUGUAGUCUUCGAUUGAUAGUGUUGAGUGAUGUGGUGAUUUCAUGUUUAUCAAAUAGCUUAUUUUAAAAGUUCUCAAAUCAGGUAUAAUUUAUAUUCAUUAAUACUUUUAAAGCAUAGCUAACACUAUGCUGGUGGAAGGAUAUUCCCAAAAUUCAGGGCCUGCGUUUAUGUGGGACAAGAUGGGUAAGCUGCUUUCCAUGGUCCAAUGCAUGUCAGGUCUCUAGAAAAGUGUCUAAUGGCAAAUGUUGUGAUACUUUGCACUGAUAAUAGAAGGGGUGAACAUUGUAUGCUACUAUUGUUAAGGUGUGUAUGAAAGUAGUGUUAUUGUUGUAUAGAUUCCUGUAUACAAAGGGGGAAAUUGGGCAUUUAAGUUUUGGGGAUGAGAUGCCCUUUAUUUAAAGCUGCCCUCUGAAUAUUUGAAUAUUACCAAGUGUAUAAAACUCAGUUGUCUACUAACUUUGUUCUAAAGUGAUCAACAAUAAAAAGUAGCAAUAAAAAUAAAGCGGCAAUUUAAAAAAAUGUUCUGUGGCUAAUGAAUAUAGAGCAAGUUGCUGAUGUAAUCUUAAAAUCUUAGGAAAACAUUUUUCAUUUAUUGUGAUUUUAGUAUUUUCCCUAAGUGGUUUUAAUACAGUAGGCAGAAAGCUUAAUCCAGGGCAUGUACUAGGUACUCCAUACUCGAAAGGCAUUUCCUCAUCUUCCCUGAGGAAUCUACUAGGCCAGCCACUGGAUAGAACUAAAACACUGAGUUAACCUGCCCUUUAAAAUUUCUUUGCCAUUUCUUUGAUUCCUGAUGUGUAGAGCAUUGAUUAUAAAUGGUGUAUAGUGUGAUUCUGCAAGAUGGGAAUAAGGGCUAGUUAUGAAUAGUAAGUGCCUUUGUAAUGGGCAAGUUUUUAUCCUUCCUUUCCCAUCCUUACAUUUAAAAAGUAUGCUGACAGUUGUAGACACAGCUUGCUGUAUUGGAUUGAAUGGACAGCACUUAUUCAUGCGGUUUGCCACCCAUUCUGCACAUAGAAAAUAUACAUUUUUUUCACAUGUUCUAGGCUAAGCCAUACUCAUAUUGAGCCUUAAGAAGUGGUAAGUGUUCAGAAGUUAAAGAGCACCAUGCAAGUGUUGGUAUAUUUUGUCAGAAGUUACACCACUGAACCCUAGUGGAAACCAAAUCAAGAUGUGUCAGGAUACUAAGCCAGUAGAACACAUUUUUGCAUAAAACAUGGGAUAAAUGUGUCCACUGUCAGCAUAUUGAGAGAAGGUAUACAUUAUCAUAAAGGAAAAUAAAAUAGAGCCAGUGUGGCAUAAUGAUUAGAGCACUGGGCCAGGACUGGGAGAUCAGGUUCGAAUCCCCACUCAGCUGUGAAGCUUCCUAGGUGACCUUGGGCCAGUCACCAUCUCUUAGCCUAACCCACCUCACAAGGUUGUUGUGAGGAUGAAAUGGGGAGGAGGUGAACCUUGAUCCUUGAAAGAUAAAGGUGGUAUAUAAAUGUAGUAAAUAAAAUAAAGUUUCUUAUUAAAGAAUAGAAUAGUGUGGUAUAGGGAAAGUUCUGAUGGAUUCAUAUUAUAUUCCACAUUUCUGAUAUUUAACUUGUGCUUCAGUGAAUAACAGUGGUGUUUGUGAACACGAGAUUAAAGAGGUGCAUAAGUGGCAGAGGGAAAGCAAGUGGAGUAUCCUCAUCUUUUCACACCUAGGUGCCCAAGGUAGCCAGCAGUAGUAAAAUAUAAAAAUCCAUAUUAAAAAUACAAAUAAAAAAACCAGAGUGGUUUACGCAUUGGGAAAACAAAUAUUAGCAGGUCAAAAGCCUGUAUAAACAAAAAGGUCUUCAUUUAUUGACAAGGUCUGUAGGGUUAGGUGGACUACAGUGUGGACUAUACAAGUCUAUGUUAUCCUAACUAUCGACUCUUAAUUGGUCACCACUCAGAUGUAUGAAUUGUAUGUGACAUAUUCCUUCUUUGCUACAUUUCUCCAAGUCCUGAACUAAACCAAGGCAGAAACCAGUGAAAUAUUUUCCUGGAUUCUUACGACAUCAUGGUGUGGGAGGUAGAGGGAUUUAUAUUUUCCUAUGGCGGGGGAGGGGAGCUCCCUAAUGUAGAAAUCCAUAACAGGGAUUCAAGUUUAACAUUUUGUUUAAAUCUUUAUCUGUGUGUGUUUACAGGGUUCAUGAAAUGACAUUUAUACAUGCAUCUCCCAAAGUUGUUUAAUACAGGGGGGAAAUGCUACUUGAUUCUGCUGAAUGUGUAAACUGGUCUUAACCUUAACAUAUUUGGCUUUUUCCUGGUUAACUGAAAGAAACAAAUAUCCCUAAUGUAAAACUAAAAAGAUACUUUAACUACUGAGAGGAGGGUUUUUUUGCCAUAAAGCUUUGGAUAAACUGUUGAAACAAAUAAAACAGUAAUGAGUGUAGUAGUCUGAACUGAUCUUUCAGUUCAAGCUUGAAACCUGCUUAAAUGCUGUCUGAAGGUCAUGGAAAAACUGAGAAACAUGGGAUGAUACUGCAGUAUUUGGAGUAUCGCUGUAAUUGGAGUCAAUUUAAAGCAGGGAAGGGAAGCUUUUGGCCCUCCAGAUGUUGUUGGACUGCAGUUCCCGCCAUCUAUGACCAUGGAACAUGACUGCUAGGGCUGAUGUGAGUUGGGAAUUCUAGAAACAUCUGGAGGGCCACAUACUCCUCUUCACUUUUCCUACUUUUAAAGAAAGUUCAAACCAUUUACUGAUCUUACCACACUAAUCUGAAUGCAGGAAGAUUUUUCAUUCUUGGUUGCCAGAACCUACAGUACAGUUUAGCAAUGGGGCAUCUAUCAACGCAAAAAACUUCAUUUUCUUAGUCAAAUUUCCAAGAUUGAUCAGUUAGUUCCAUAAAUUUCAAACUGUUUAACAGGUGUGCUAUGCCAUGGUCAUAGCAGUUUGUGAUAAACUACUGUCAACACAGAGGUGAGCCAAUCCAGGAUUUUCCUAGGGGCAGAAGGAUAGGAAGCUGUUGCACAUGGAAGGAGAGAAUUAGUGAAAUUCUUCCAUCCAUAGGAGCAUCCACUUCAGAGUUCCAUUCCACAACCCUAUACAGUCAUACCUUGAAAGUCGAACAGAAUCUGUUCCGGAAGUCGAUUCGACUUCCAAAAUGUUUGGAAACCAAAGCAUGGCUGCAGGAAGCUCCUGCAGCCAAUCAGAAGCUGUGCCGGACAUUUGGCUUUCGGAAACAGGAACACUCACUUUCAGGUUUUGAUCGUUCAGGAGCCAAUUUGUUUGGGAGCCAAGGUGUUUGAGAUCCAAGGUACGACUGUAUCUCAUUCUAUAUAUCUAUUUUUCCAUAUAUCUCCCCUUUGGGCAAAUUACGUAAUACUGAUAGUCUUUUCCUAUCAAAACUUCUGCUCUUAUCUCAACAAGAUUAUCAGCAUCUGUCCAGCUCUGUGCUUUAACUAUCAAAGAGGCUAGUUAUCCUGUUUGUCUCUGCAGAUGAGCAUCUAACCUUACAUGGUCGCCUUCAAUAGGGGAUUGAACAGUCUGUGCUCUUAAAAUUAAGGGUAUAAUAAAGUCUAUGAACAUGCAGAGAUAAUGGAGAGCCUUUCAAAAGUAUUCUUCAGUCCUUUCAGGAGAAAAGGUGGGGUAUAAAUAAAUAAUAAAAAAUAAAGUAGCACAAAUCCAAUGUAAUGAAAGACUCAAAAAUAUAUAGACCAUUGUUCAUUACAAGAGAAGGACAUGAAUAUUAGUAGGGAAUGUGAGAAACCUGGUAGUAAAGUGAUAAUUGGUAAAAUAAUAGAUUCUUCUGGUUCUAUGCAUGUGUAAAGUAGCUAGCAUGCUAUAUAUAGUGCACUGAAAACCUUCAGCAGGAGAAAUAGCUUCAAUGUGCUUCAUAGGUAACAAUUCAUAAAUGAAAUAACAGUCAACUUUGGAAGCUUUUUGGCCUGGGAACCUGCGACUAGGGUCAUAUUAUUGUUCCCAAAACUACCUGAGGACAAUUAUGGAGGAAUAAAGGUACUCGGAUUGUAAAUGUAAUGUUGGUUCAUUAGAAUUAUGAAAAAUAAAAGCACUUCUUAAAAUGAAGUUGAAGGACAGAAUUAGUAAAUUCAUUUUGGAAGCACGAAAGUUUAAAACUGUUAUAAAAUGGGUUGGAUAAAAUGCAUACUUCAGGAUGGAAAGGAUAUGAAUACAGUGGUGCCUCGCAAGACGAAAUUAAUUUGUUCCGCGAGUUUUUUCGUCUAGCGAAUUUUUCGUCUUGCGAAGCACGAAAUCCCAUAGGAAUGCAUUGAAAUUCAAUUAAUGCGUUCCUAUGGUCAAAAAAAGUCCAAACAAAGCCAAAUUUGGUACAACAAGAGUUUAUUAAGUGCUCUUUAAAGUCACACAUACUGUAAAGAGCAUUUCAAAACUGAAGGAACAAUAAAUUAAGUUUCUAAACAUGACAGAAAAACAUUUAAAAAUCAACAAAGUGUACAGUACAUUUUCUAAGACUCUGGGGGACAACUUGAAGAAGGUUCCUCUUCCACUCUUUGCUUCUUGCUGAAGAACCCCCUCCUCAACUGUUCCCCCAGCCACCCACCACACAGAAAUUCAAAUCCAGAAUUUUUUUUUAAAAAACAGCAGAGUGGCCCAAUGGUCACAGAAAAUCAUAAAAAUGCAGAAAAAAACCACACAAGCUUCCAGAUUCUUGCAAACCCCUCCUCAACUGUUCCCCCAGCCACCCACCACACAGAAAUUCAAAUCCAGAAAUUUAUUAAAAACCAGCAGAGUGGCCCAAUGGUCACAGAAAAUCAUAAAAAUGCAGGAAAAAACCACACAAGCUUCCAGAUUCUUGCAAACCCCUCCUCAACUGUUCCCCCAGCCACCCACCACACAGAAAUUAAAAUACAGAUUUUUUUUAAAAAAAAAAACAAACAGCAGAGUGGCCCAAUGGUCACAGAAAAUCAUAAAAAUGCAGAAAAAACACACAAGCUUCCAGAUUCUUGCAAACCCUCCACAACACCAAGUCCUUGAAUUCCAAACACCCCAACCCAAAAUCCAAAAACCCCCAAAAAGUUUUUAAAGUUUAACUUACCAAAUGGCUGCAAAAGAAGUUUUGGAAAAGCUUCAAAAAUCACCAAAGUCUUCAAAAACCUCAAAAAGGCUACCACACCGCAUUCUAUGAGUUGCUCCUCGAAGUCAAGUCGCAACUGUAUUAACGGUGUUAAGAAAAAGGAAACAAACUUGCAAGACGUUUUUGUUUUUCGUCUUGCGAAGCAAGCCCAUAGGGAAAUUCGUCUUGCGAAGCAGCUCAAAAAACGCAAAACCCUUUCGUCUAGCGAGUUUUUCGUCUUGCGGGGCACCACUGUACCAGUGUAGCUGAGUAAAUAGUCUCUAAAGAAUGUCGUAAAAGGUAAGGAUUAUACUGAUAAUAGGAAAUGAAGAAAGGAGGUGUGUCUUCGAUAAACACAGAUGAAAGUUAUAGUAAUUGAGUAGAGAUACUUCAGAGAAGCUAAUGCAUACUUUGCAUCCAUUUCAGUGAAAAAGACCCUCUUAAUAAUUUUCUUCAGGGAGGGUAUCUCAAGAACUACUGAUAAGCAUAGGUAUGCUCACCAAUUCCUUGCCUGGGGAGAAAGUGGAGGCAGUGGGUGGUUUUAGUGGAGCCCAUGAUGGGAUAAGAGCUAGGAGUUCUGGUAUCAAAAGUAGUGGAAAUGAGGCUAUUUGCAUUUAUUUCCACAAUUAAGUAUGCUUGCUCCCUGAGCAUUGAAUGUCUGCCUUGGUUCAAAUUGAUGUGAAGAGAAUUUUCUCAUUUGGAUGCUGGUGUUUGUAGACUAGUUCACACACCCCUCCAAGUGGGAAAUGGCACUCAGUGGAUAGCUGUAGUUGAAUUGGUGGUAACCAUUCAGGAAGUAUUAUGCGAUUGUGGACAACUUCCUAUGCUGUGACAGUGGAAGAAAGAAAAUGGUACUCAGAAUUACUAAGAAAUGAUUGAAAAUAAACAGCUUAUCAUUAUGUUAGUAUAUGCAACUAUGAUGCUACCAUGUUUGGAAUAUACUGUAUCUGGUCACUCCAUGCAAAUAAACCACAGGGAAAGAUACAGAAAUGAACAAAUGAUGGAUAAGGUACUAGAGAACCUUUUCUAUGAGGAAAUAAUGGUUAUGGCUUUUCAAGUACAAAAGAAUUCAAACAGUUGACUUGACACGCUGUAAACUGGUUGAAAAAUUGGCUGAUCACUUGUGAAAAUCAUGGGCCCUUUGGUCUGAUCUAGCAGGGCUACUCUACAAUUACAUUCUUGGCAAGACUUUGCCACUUGUACACAAUGCAGGUCAGCUUGAAAAACAACCCUGGUUUCUGCUCAAGGCAGGUUACGUAAGAGAGUGUUCAGAAAAUGUUAGAUACCUCAGAUCUUGCUGAAACCAUAUUAGUUUGGACCUGGAUGUGCUUUAGUUUCUUUGGAUUCAUUCAUUGUGCUUAAUGCUUCUCAAUUCCUGUGCAGUUUAAAAGAGUUUGUAGAAAUAUAAAGUUGUACAAGCAUAUAUUUAAUUUUAAGCUGUCUAAUCUUUAUACCCUAUAGAAUUCAAGGAAGCCUUUUCGCUAUUUGAUAAGGAUGGAGAUGGUACUAUAACGACAAAAGAACUGGGGACAGUGAUGAGGUCACUUGGGCAGAAUCCAACAGAAGCAGAGUUACAGGACAUGAUCAACGAAGUAGAUGCUGAUGGUAAGCUUGUUCUAAAAUAGUUAAGUUGCUCCAACACCAAUGGCUUUCAUUUAACAACCAAAUUAUCUUACAGGCAAUGGCACAAUUGACUUCCCUGAAUUUUUGACAAUGAUGGCAAGAAAAAUGAAGGAUACAGACAGCGAGGAGGAAAUUAGAGAAGCAUUCCGUGUAUUUGAUAAGGUAUUCAAUUAAUACACUUGGGAGAAGGAAUAUCUGAAACUGCAAAUUCAGAUAAUUUUCAUAUUCAGCACCAGAUUUCUAGUUUCAGCUAAGUUAGCAUCCGCUCUCCAUUUGGCUGGGUUGUUUAACUCAAUCAGUUAUACUUAGUGCUGAGAAACAGGUCAGAUUCUUAAUCUCUCGAAGCCCUGAUAUUUCAUAUGAAUUGAGAUGCAACUUGAGGUGUGCUGGUGAGGCCCUGCUUAAAGUAUCAUCUUAUUUGGUUAACAAAUUGGUGUCUACAAAAAGCAGGACUUUGGGGUGGUAGCCUCAGAACUGUGGGGGCUGUUCAGGUGAUUUAUUUCAUAACAUUUAUAUUCUGCUUGAUAGUAAAAAUAUAUAUAUCAAAGUGUCAGUUCUUUAAAACACUUCUUCAUACUCUCCUAUAAAUUCUUUUAGGAGGUUGGUUCCUGCUGGUUCUGAUAAGUCUGCUGUUGAUACAUUUUAUUGCUUAACCCAUUUCAUGAGCAUUUUGAGAAUUUGUUGCUGUUUAAGAUCUUACGUCCAGUUACUUUGUGACAUUUCUGAAAAAGAUCAAGCCACAGUUGGAAUUUGAAACUAAAGCUCUCAUAUGAGCUCAUGAACCUGUCAUAUAUGUUCCCUAUGAGAACAGGCCCUUGGCCUGAUCUAGUCAGCUAUUCUUAUGUUCUUAACCCAUUAAUAAAUUGGUGUAUGUUCACAGAACAAUUUUGAGAUAUUCCCAUUUCCUAUUAAGUAGUUCUUGCUGAGGCAGGAAAAGGAAGCCCUCAGAUAUUGUGACAACUCAUAGAGUAGGAAUUCAUUCAUAUCACUACUGCCCUGCAAAACCUAGGCUUGGCUAUGUUGGGAACUAGUUCAUAAUAACACUCUUUACUCCAAACAAAAUUAAAAAAUUCCUUCCAGAAGCGCCUUAGAGACCAACUAAGUUUGUUACUGGUAUGAGCUUUCGUGUGCAUGCACACUUCUUCAGAUACCAUUGAGUAUCUUCAGAUACUCCGUUGUGGAAGUCUAGUGAUGCAAACCAAGCAACAAUCUAGCUAGUCAGCAACUGCAUAAUAUGACUGGUUUCUGAAAUUUAAAUGAUGUUUCUUACAAAACAAUAAAGGUAUAAACAAUUCCAGGGAGAAUUUACGUAUUGGCAACACCAUUCAUAACGUAAGUGACCUGCAUGUUGAUUUUAUACCCAAGGCAGUCCAAAAUACAGAUGGUGCUAUAAAUUUUAAGUAGCUCAAAAUUUCUGGCCAUGUUGUGCACCUCUAGGCAAGGGUGGGAUUUGAAGGGGAUAGUGGAUUAAAAAAUGGAAGUUAUGCCUGAUCAAGGCAGUUUCUGGCAUUUAUUUCCUGUUGCAUAAGUACUAACUUGCACACACCUGAAUAUAGCAAAGCUCAACAAACUACUUGUAAAUGUUUUACAGGAUGGUAAUGGUUAUAUUAGUGCUGCAGAGCUUCGCCAUGUGAUGACAAAUCUUGGAGAGAAAUUAACAGAUGAAGAAGUUGAUGAGAUGAUUAGAGAAGCAGAUAUUGAUGGUGAUGGUCAAGUAAACUAUGAAGGUAAAAUUGAUAACUGAUUUUCUCAUUGACUAAUAUAGCCCUCAUUGACUAAUAUAGUUGCCUGAACUUACUGGCCAGAAUACAAAUAAGGUUUGUUUCCAUGCACAUGUUGGGAUAUUCCAUACUUGCAUUCUUUGCUGCUGCUGCUUCAGCAUUUGUAGCAAAGCUAGUGUAGUUCAAUAUGGUCUAACUACCAUUCUGCCACAAACUUAAAUAUGCUUAAUUAAUAAAUAAUGAAUAAUAAACUUUGCAUAUUUCUGUACAGUAGGAAAGUGGUCUGUUCUCAGUGUAAUGCAGACAGUGACUUUUUAUCAUAGUACAUAGCUGUUAGGUUUGUUCAGAAGUGCCAUUGUAGUUUAAGUUGAUCACUUAUGUAAGAAUAAACUCACCAAACAGAUAUUGCCCUGGGCUUAGAACAUGCAGUUGGGCUAUUUUAUUUAAGGCAUUUAUAUGCCACCCUUCAAAGUACUUAUUUCAGGGCAGUUUCAUUUGCGUUAUAAAAGCAAAACAAAAUAAUUAAAAUAUCAUGAACUUCUAAUGUUUGAAAUACAGCAUUCUUCUAAUAUUUAAAAUACUAGCCAUUAAAAUAUCUGCAAGGAUAAAAAAAAAUGCCUUAACCUAGUCCCGAGAAGAUAGACAUACUGGGAGCCAGGUGACCUAGGAAACUAAUAUGGUGUGUCUAAUAUUUGAAAUCUUCAUGUAGAUCCCUAAAUGGAUAGCUUUUCAGUUAGGUAGAUAAGAAGUUUAAAAGAAGUUUUGAAAGAAAACUGAGUACUGUUUAUUGAUGCAAGGAGGGGAGCUACUAGUAGUCAUAAGCUGUUAUUUUAAUUGUUGCUUUUAAAUGUCUUCCAAUGUGUUUUGAUUAUUUUUAACUAGCUAGUUUUUAUUAAUGUUGGAAGCUGCCUUGAAUCCCUGCUUGGGAAAAGGCAGGAUAUAAAUCAUUUUUUAAAAAUCCUUAUUAUCAUUUAAUAUAUAUCUGAAAUAUAUCUGCCUAAGUUGUAGAGAGCUACCAUUAAGAGUAUUUCUAAUAAGUAGAAGCACUUAAUGUAGCAAGUUGAUUCUUAAUACGAACAUGUUGCAGAAAUACUUGAAUAAACAUGACUGUCUCUUUUCCUCUACAGAGUUUGUACAAAUGAUGACAGCAAAGUGAAGACACUGUACAGAAUGUGUUAAAUUUCUUGUACAAAUUGUUUAUUUGCCUUUUUCUCUGUUUGUAACUUAUCUGUAAAAGGUUUCCCCCUACUGUCAAGAGAAUAUGCAUGUAUAGUAACAAACUCAUUCCUCCAUGUUUUUCCCUUUAUCUGUCAUCCUGAUAUUUUGGGAAAAUGAUCAAAGUAACAAAUGUUUGCAUGUGGCUUACUCUGGAUAUUUAAGCCCUUCCACACUUCUAAAGCUAGAUGAUGUGUUGGUCAAAUGAGGGAACAUCUAGGUUAUGCCUGUUUUAAAAUUAGUUCUUUUAGGAAACUUAGCAUGUUGUUGAAAUGUAGUCUUAACUCUGUGUGGACUAUGGACAGUCAACAAUAUGGAACUUAAAAAGUUUGCACUAUUGCAAAACGGGUGUAUUAUCCAGGUACUCGUACACUAUUUUUUGUACUGCUGGUCCUGUACCAGAAGACCUUUUAUUCUAUGGUUACUAUGCUUUUAAAACUUUUGUUCAGCCACUUAUUUUCAAAAGAAUCUGCUUAUGGCACAACUUGCCUCAAAUCCAUUCCAAGUUGUAUAUUUGUUUUCCAAUAAAAAAUUACAAUUAACCCAUAUUGUUCCUCUGUCUCUUUAAACAUUUUGUAUAUCCCUUGUCAUGUUAAUUCUUGAUACUUCAAUAGGAACAGCAGAUACAGACUUAAGAAUGUCGGGGAGAUGGCCCAUUGGAGCUUCUAUGUUAGAUAUUUGUUAUCUGUAAUGCCUCUAUUGACACAUGACAUCAUUGAUCUAUUCUGUACAGACACACUCAACUGUAAGGGACUGGUUUUGGGGUGUUGCUGGAGCUGGUUCUAAGUUGGGAGCUGUGGCCAUAGUGGUGUUUUCAAUUAUACCCACUACAUUAAUUUGAUGACCUCUGACUGCAUUACUGUAAAAACCUGAAAAGCAUUGUACACAAUGUUUGAUUGAAGAAUGGAUUGGAAGCUUCAGCCUAGCAGCUCAUCUGCUAAGAGGUUUGGACAGAUACUUGCAUCAUUUCUCAAAGCAUAAGCACUGACUGCUGGUCUGUUUUUGGGCUCAAUUCAAAGUGCUGGCACAAAUGUCUUUGAGUAUAACUAUAUGAGUGAAUGUUUCCUUUCAUAUGAGGCCUUCCUCCUCAGCAUUUAUUAUCUUCCAAUGAGUUUCUGCUUCAAAUUAUAUCACAGGGACACCAGAUUAGCCUUUAUCAGAAGCAUGGCUUUCUGUAGCAUCCCCAAUGCUAUGAACUACUACUUCUGCAGACAAAUAAAAACCUUGUUUCCGAC